UCAUGUGAAUUAUUGGUCCUUUACUCACGCUUGGUAGUUGUCAUAAGAUUGAUUAAGGUAUUAAUAAUUAUGAUAAUGACCAUACCUCAAUUAAGAAUGUAUAAUUCCCCCCAUAUCAUUAGAAAAGACAACAAAUAGCACACCAAACCAGAAAUCUGACAAUUAAUAAUUGAUUGAUAUUUUCCAUUAUGUUUGGUGGUGUUUGAUUACAUCAUUUAAGUAGUAGUUUAGUCUAAUUCCUAUAUUUAAGCAUUUGUCUCUUGAGUUCACUCAGUAAGAACCAAUGAGAUUAUUUUACCACAUUAUUCAAUUGAAAAGCAAUAAACAAAAGUUUAAUCUGAAUGUUAUAUUAGUGUUUCAGUUAUGUCAUGCUUUACAUACUUACCGUCCCUUCCAAUCAAGACCAUAAAAAUACAGAAGCAAUGAUAUUUUUACAAAAGUUGAACAAUAUAAACUCUCAGUUCCAUUUCAAUGGUCACACAUUUAGAACCAAAAAUGUUAUCAAAAAUCAAUCUUGUUCUUCUUGUUCUUCUAACACAAAGCAUCACACACACACUAUUGAAAGGUCAAGUGAUCAAUGCGUGUGAUUUCAGAGUGGAUCAACUUGGUCCAUGUUUGAGCAUGCAAGAGAAGAACACAAGUGAAAAUGAAGUUUGCUGCAAUGCUAUAAGUCUCGCGAUAUCAGCUGGUUAUCGAUGUUUUUGUUCAAUAUUAUCUUCGCCUAAUCUCAACUUCAUGGCUUCUAUUUCUCCUCUCUUAAAUUUAUCACUAGAGUUACCAUUCCUUGGUUGUCACUUAGCUUCUCCUUCUCUAUCAGUUUGCCAAGGGAUUGAGAUGAGUUCUUCUUCAUCACAAGCAGUUGCACCAAGUGUUGGAAUUGUGUCUAAUUUAACAGUGAAAGAGGAGCCAAAUUCCAGCAUGAAUUACAUUGCUCCUCAGUCAAACUUCACUGAUAGCUCAGCAGAAAUUAUGAAGAUUAAAGAAGGAUGGCAUGCUGUAACUUUUGUGGUUUUUAUUUCUUUCUCUUUUGCAGUUAUUCUGUAAUUCAGAUCAUAUAUAUAUAUAUAUAUAUAUAUGAAAUGCAAAGUUAUAUUGAUCUGAAACCUUUACUGCAGUGAAUUAUUUUGUGAUUUGUUCAAACCACAAAG